CUUCCAAAAUGCACAAGUCUGCUUGGGGCAAAGCAAGGAUGAGGAAGCUUGCUUUGGCUCAAUCGUAAGCGUGAAAUGCGUGCCAGGGUUUUAAUAUUUCAGAGGGACAUAAGACUUCUCUAACUUUGCACCGGAAACUGAAAGAACUUCAAAAUGUUCCUGUAAAUUCUGCAUAAUCAGCACUGACACCAUGGAAACGGACUCUGCCCAUAAACUGACCACACCCAAUGUGUCAUUGAUGCAUCAUAACAUCACAAACUCACUGUGUGACUACAUGUUGCCCUCGACCACCCAGUACCAGAAGAAAGUGAUACCCACCUUCUACAGUCUCAUCUUUUUGCUGGGUUUCUUUGGUAACAUGCUUGUAGUGUGUGUUUUGUAUCAUAGUUCAGGGCGGAGGACCGUCGCUAACACGUAUCUGGUGAAUCUAGCGAUGUCAGACUUGCUCUUCCUGAGCUCUUUGCCUUUCUGGGCUGUGUACUACUCUUUGGAUUAUAAUUGGAUUUUUGGGAAGGUUAUGUGUAAACUGUGUGGGGGUCUGCUGACAAUAAAUGUCUACGCUAGUAUAUUUUUCAUCACUUGUAUGAGCGUGGAUCGAUAUCAUGCUUUCAUCUACCCGUUACACUCCCGGAGCAGUAGGAGUGUGAGUCGGGCCAGGUGUGUUAGCUGCAUCAUUUGGGUCCUGGCAGCUCUGACCACGCUGCCCACAGUUGUUUUCCGUGACAUACACACUUUCCCUAUAAACAAUGUGACCGCUUGUGUCAUAUAUUACCCCAGUGAGCUCUGGCACACCGGGUUAACUCUUGCGAAGAACACCCUUGGAUUCUUUCUGCCGUUGGUUGUCAUAGCAACCUGCUACAGCCGAAUCGCUGUACACCUGAUGGCCACUCCCAACUUCCUGGAGCAAGACUCUGCCAGGUUGGUCCAUGUCUUGAGAAUGGUGGUCGCCGUGGUAUUGGCAUUUUUCUUUUGCUGGUUCCCGUUUCAUGUGCUGGCAUUCCUGGGAGCUCUGGGAGAGCUGGGGGUGGAGUGGGAUUGUUGGGUGCUCCAAACAAUCAAUAAACUACUGCCGUUCUUCCUCUGCCUUGGCUUUUCCAACUCUGCCAUCAACCCUUUCCUGUACUGUUUUGUGGGAAAUCACUUCAGAGAGAGGCUAUGGCAAAUUUAUGGAGAGAUGCUGACACAGAAAAGAGAUUCUGUUAGUACAAGACUGUCUUCCUUCUCCCAGAAACUGAGUGACCUCAAAGAGACUAUGCCUCUGGAGAUUCUGGAGCAGCAAAGCGCCUCCUAGUGGAUGGGAGUCUAAAGUAUACUGUAAUUACAAACAGAAGUGGACAGUCAAUGACAGUCAUUGCCCUAAAUGUUGUUCUAUGACCUUUCAUUGGUGCAGCAUGAUCAGAGCGGAUGGAUCUCAUUUGGUGUCUGUUGUUGUUAUAUUAUAGUAGAUUCCAAACUCAUUUGAUGUUCUGUUUUCCUUGGAACACAACAUGAGAUGUUAGGCAGAAUUCACUUUAAUUGUAUGGAAGAUGGAGACUGUCAUUCUGCCUAACAUCUCCUUUUGUUUUCCACAGAGGAAUGAAAGUCAUACAGGUUUGAAACAACAUAAGGGUGAGUAAAUUAUGAUCAUUUUCAUUUUUGGGUGAACUGUCCCUUUAAGUUAUGCUGUUUUGUUUUAUUUCAGUUUACACUGUGUUCAUGCAGCAGUAUGAUGACAAUCGACAUCAUUCUGUCACACAAUAAUAUGCACAAUUUGCAGUUACAUUUAGCUACAUAUCAAUCUUGAGUUAAUCACACUCUCUCCAGGAUGAGGAACUGUGGUUUUGCUUUUUGAUUUUUUUGCAGAAAUCAUGGAAAAUCCAAAGGUUUGAGGACAGCUGUACUGUUGUAAUGUCAGUGUAAUUGAUGACAUCAGUGUUGCUAAUAUGACCAGAAUGUCAUAUACCUGUAUGUAAAAUCAUUUAUAUUGCUGAUGUCUGCCCGACAGACCCUAAUGCUGUCUUUAAGCUAUAUAUAGGAAGAUAUAGAAAGUUACAGCAAUGUAACACAAAAUGUUAAAAUUAUAAAUCAUUAUAAAUAGCAUUAUAAUUAUAAUGGAGCCUAUAUGAUGUCAGUCUGUUUUAUUCUGUGAUUUGUCUUAUGUGACAAGAGAAAGAUACUUUUGGCAACGUGUGAUCUGUGCUGUGAUCAUGCUUUUUAUUUGCAAGAAAUUAUUGCAGAUUUCUACAGAGUAGUGUUUCCUAACCCUGAUAAUGGAUUAGGGAGAUGUCCAAAAUGUGCACUGUUGGGGGGCCCUCCAAGAACAGAGUUGGGAAACACGGCUCUUGAGAAACUAAAGUGCUGUUGAUUAGUGUUAUAUACUGUAUAUAACACUCUAGAGGCCUAUUCUAGGAAUAUACUGAGACUGAGGGCCAUGUCUUCUGGUUGUGUUUGACAGAGUGCCUCACAAUUCAAUUAAAUACAGUGCUUUUAACAAUGAAGAUGGUCUCAGCCCUAUUCACAAUAUGGCACGCCCUUGAGUCCCUUAUUGCUUUUAUAAAAUGGUUACCACCUAAUAAAAAUAGUAAGGAACCAAAUGUUUAUUAAAAUGUCAUUUUUUAAAGUAAACAUAUUAAACACCUUCCUUACGUUAGAAUACGUAGUGCUUGAUAGUAAACUGUAAACAGAACAUAAUUCAGUAGUGUUUAUACACUGAUCAGCCACAACAUUAAAACCACUGACAGAUGAAGUGAAUAACAUUUAUUAUCUUGUUACAAUGGCACCUGACAAGGGGUGGGAUUGUGCAGCAAGUGAACGUUCAGUUCUUGAAUUUCAUUUGUUGGAAGCAGGAAAAAUGGGUAAGCGUAAGGAUCUGAGCAACUUUGACAAGGGCCAAAUUGUGAUGGCUAGAUGACUGGGUCAGAGCUUCUCCAAAACGGCAGGUCUUGUGUGGUGUUCCUGGUAUGCAGUGGUUAGUACCUUCCAAAACUGGUCCUUGGAAGGACAACCAGUGAACCGGCGACAGGGUCAUGGGCGCCCAAGGCUCAUUGAUAUGCGUGGGGAGUGAAAGCUAGGCCGUCUGGUCUGAUCCCACAGAAGAGCUACUGUAGCACAAAUUGCUGAAAAACGUAAUGCUGGCCAUGAUAGAAAGGUGUCAGAACACACAGUGCAUCGCAGCUUGCUGCGUAUGGGGCUGCAUAGCCACAGACCGGUUAGAGUGCCCAUGCUGACCCCUGUCCACUGCCGAAAGUGCCCACGUGAGCGUCAGAACUGGACCAUGGAGCAUUGGAGGAAGGUGGCCUGGUCUGAUGAAUCACAUUUUCUUUUAGAUCAUGUGGAUGGCAGGGUGCAUGUGUGUCACUUACCUGGGGAAGAGAUGGCAGCAGGAUGCACUAUGGGAGGAAGGCAGUCCAGCGGAGGCAGUGUGAUGCUCUGGGCAAUAUUCUGCUGGGAAACCUUGGGUCCUGGCAUUCAUGUGGAUGUUACUUUGACAUGUACCACCCACCUAAAGAUUGUUGCAGACCACGUACACCCCUUCAUGGCAACGGUAUUCCCUAAUGGCAGUGGCCUCAUUCAGCCGGAUAAUGCGCCCUGCCAUGCUGCAAAAAUUGUUCUGGAAUGGUUUGAGGAACAUGACAAAGAGUUCAAGGUGUUGACUUGGCCUCCAAAUUCCCCAGAUCUCAAUCCGAUUGAGCAUCUAUGGGAUGUGCUGGACCAACAAGUCUGAUCCAUGGAGGCCCCACCUCACAACUUACAGGACUUAAAGGAUCUGCUGCUAAUGUCUUGGUGCCAGAUACCACAGGACACCUUCAAAGGUCUUGAAGAGUCCAUGUCUCGACGGGUCAGAGCUGUUUUGGUGGCAGGAGGGGGACCUACACGAUAUUAGGCAGGUGGUUUUAAUGUUGUGGCUGAUUGGUGUAUAGCGGAAUGCUAUAAAACGGCCCUACCCCAAACCACACAAUCUUAUUUUCUACAUAUUGUCAGUAAAGAAAGGCAUUGCAACUCAUUUGGGAUAAAAAGCUAAAUGACAACUAAACCGUUAUGCCUCAGUUUAAUCAUUUUUAUCACACUGGUGAAUGAUGAACAGUUUCAGUCCAAAAUGCUCUGAUUAACUGAUCCAAUAACUGUGAGACAUUGACAAUGUGUACCGAGGUGCUUUGUUUUACUCUCUACUUACCUUUCCUUACUCUUACUGUCAUCUCCUCUGUUCUGUCUCUACUGGUGACCUGACACAGGUGUAAAGUCCUACAUCUGACUCUCUUUUUACAGUCUCUCUGUAUUAAGGACACAUUUCUUGUCUCCAGAUCUUGAGUAAACACACUUUCUCUGCACUCCUGGCCUCUUCUUUCUAUCACCUGUCUGUUUGAAUAGAUCCAAACACAGCCUGUCUUUUUAAAACACCUGAUCUCUAUGGCAACUGCACAGAUUGCUGGUGACAGAAUAGUGAAAUCACAUUGCAAUUUAACCUGAACUCUCUAAGCAGGUUCUUAGCCAAGCUCAUCUGUGAGUGCAAGAAGAGAAAGAAAGACACUGAAACAGAUCAAAUGAAAAAUCCUCCAUUAAUUUUGCCAAAUAUUAGUUGUAAUGUCUACCAUUGUAAUCUCCAAAUAUCUGUAUACCGGAGUCUGGAAUAUCUAAUAUCUGAGGUCUGUGAUCUGGAUAUACAUUCCAUAAUUUGUUUUGUCCCACUUCAGUACCAAAGAAAGACAGCCAAGAAAUGUUAUUCACUUUUGAUUUCCAGAGAUUACUUUUCUGGCAAAUUACCACACCUUUUGUUUUAACCCUGGCUCAAGAGAAGCAUUACUUUCAAGCAAUGUAGAGCCAUCUUAUGUUGUAAGAUCUCUAAUGCACUAAAAAUACUAAAUCUUUUCAAAAAAUAUUUUCCACCUGGAAUAAUUAACCAACAGAUGUUCUUGUCUACAGGAAUCUGGAGGAACCUGCUUAUGUAACACGUAUCAGGAGUUAUUAAUUCAAAUUAUAGGCCAUUAGGUUCGACUAGGGAGGUGUAGUUGAGUGAAACAACACUGAAUGAGUCGCCAAAAAAUUCUGCAUUGAAAUAGAACACUGUUCUUUGUAACAAAUUUUUUAACACUAGUAAAGGAAAAUAUAAAGAAGAAAAUAAAUUAAAUUACAACCAGUUGUUCACAUUUUCUCCACAAUAUCAACUCACAAUAUACCUUAAUGUAAAUAAAUUCGUCUGAUCAUUCCUACCUGAGUGCACCUUAUGAGCUAUAGGAUUUUACCCUGGAAUAAGCCAUUUUACAAUAUUAACACAUAACUUUAUCCACAGUUAUAAAAUUCAGACAUUUCAAUUAAAUUUACAAUUCAGUCCUUUUCUGCAUAUCGCGGCCCCCUUCGAAGCUCCGUUUUGCGGCCCUCUUCAGCCUGUUGCGGCCCGUUUGUCAUAACCUGGCAGCCUGUUUCACGGCCGGCCCACUGGGAAAAGUCCCGGUUCUCCCUAUGGCCAGUCAUAGGUAGUACAUAUUUCUCAUGUUUUACUGAUUGAUGCCAUUUCAAUAGGACCUAACAUCCCCUGUCAGGGGCUACUGGUGCCAUUGCUGCACACCUUCUCUGCAAUGUCGUCUUCUUACAUUCUUAAAUAUUUGUCAUUUGCUCCAUUCCAUACAAAUUCUUCUCUAAAGUAUUUUGACAAGAACUGUAACUAAGAGCAGGUUUAUUGUCAGCUCCUGUCAAAGAAACAAUUAGACAAAUUUCCAAAUCUACUCUACUUCUGUACUUAUAUCAACUUCAGACAUUCUACCUAUUUUAGUUUCUUUAUAAUGACAAACGCAUGAAAAGAUGAAAAAGAUGAAGACUAAUAUGGAUGAAGUUUUUUUAGUGAAAUAACAGUUCUGCUCCAUAACCAUUGUGCCCUUAAAGGGAUAGUUCACCCAAAAAUGAAAAUCCUCUCAUAAUUUACUCAUCCUCAUGCCAUCCCAGAUGUGUUUGACUGUCUUUCUUCAGCAGAACACAAAUGAAGAUUUUUGGAAGAAUGCUUCAGCUCCGUAGGUCCAUAAAAUGCAAGUGCAAUGGGUGCCAAAUUUUUGAAGCUCCAAAAAGCACAUAUAGCCAUCAUAAAAGUAUUCCAUACAACUCGCGUGGAUUAAUGUUAAUUAUAAAGCGAAACGCUAGGUGUAAGAAACAGAUUUUUCUGUAUUAGACUCUUUUUUUUAAAUAAAAAUGUUCGCUUCCGGUCAGCUCAUUGAUGAGGGUGGAGUUCAAACUGCCUCUCAUGUGAUGUAACACGAAAGCCUCCUCUGCAUAGAUAUUCAUACAGUACAGUAUACAGUAGUGUGGUAGCCUGUGGUAUUUUUCUGAAAGUGAUUAGUCUAAUGGCACAUUAGUUUCAACAAAACCAAACUGUCUUUGGCUGAACUUGACAGCUCCUUCAGUUUAUGUCAAUAUUCUAUAAAAGACCAAUUUUAUUUAUAUCACUGAAAGUGACGUGACUGCUCCCAUUAUAAUUAAUAAAUCUGUCUAUACUAGUGGUACGCGAUGUCGAAAAUGCAGUAGCAAUCGAGAAUUAUUCUUUUGAUGAACUUACAACACAGUACAUGGAGUGGACUUUUUAUAUGCCCUGUUACUCGUUUGAGGUAACGGCAUUUCAAUGUUCCAGGGCCAGAUCAAAACUGCAUUUUUUGCUUCCUUGAAGGGCACUCCUGCUGUAGGGGAUGCCGCUCGAAAGCUCAUUCAAAACGAAAGUGAGAUAAUGAAUCUUUCCUCGGAGGGCCCUUCCACAAGACUUUUAGUGAAGGGUACAUUCAUACAGUAAUGCCAUGUUUCCUUCAGAGUACGCACUUCAAGGGCUCUGCAGUUCAGAGUGAGUAUAGGGCAUAGGGAGGAUCACUUGCGAUUGGAUUUCCGCCACAGAUCUGUUGUAGAGCGCGCUGUAAAAGGCAUCUCCGCUUCAUUUUCUUUAAUACGCCCGCGAUUUACAAAGAAAUCUCAUAAUAACCCAUUAUUAUUGUUAUUGUGAGAUUAUGAUGAGAUUUUAAUUUUAUUUUAACUAUUUUUAUUUAACUUAAAAUUUCCCCCCUUUUUCUGAAAGGGCACCUUUAGAUUUGUGAAGGAAGAUUUAGAUUUGCACCCCUGCUGCCCCCGUUCUGUGCAUGUCAGUGCUAUGGACCACAAUACUGUACUUUUCGACACAAAAGCAGUUUAUUCAGCAGGUCUGAGCAAGGAGCUCGGUCUGAGGCAUCUCCUCCCUUCACUUGCACUCAAACUGAUUCAAACAGCUCUCCUUGUUGACCGUUCCAAGAUGACGCCGCAGUUGACAUAUUCAGACCAACCGAAUGAGGCAUCUAUGUAUGAAUAUCUAUGCUCCUUUUGUUGUAAGAAACACUGUGCUAUUUUUUGUAUUUCACACAUGAUUUGUCAAUGCACUAAUGUCACGUGAGGGGCAACGUGUAUUCGACCCUCCUGAAUUUUUUGCAAAAAAAUUAAAUAUUGAUCUAUUUCUUUCACACCUAGCAUUCACACAGGUGUCCUGGCAGAGUAACAACAUGUAAAGUUCAUCACAUGAACUUUGGGCAUGUUCCACUAAGUUUGACGACCAUUAAGUGUCAAAAUAUUGUUUGUCUUUAUACUGAACAAUAUGUCUAUUGUUUAUAAUUUAAAACAAACUUUUUAUGAAAUUUUUUUUGCUUGAAAAUGUGUUUGUGCUAUCUUUAAAAUAAAUGGCACUUGAUUUGGUGUUUUGUAACAUAACGCAGACAUUAAAACAUUU